AUGUUUUGCAAAUACUGUAAGAAGCCUGGGCACUUAAUUGAAAAGUGUUACAAGGUUCAUGGGUUUUUUCUCAAUUUCAAGUUCACAAAGGGGAGAAGAAUUACAGCAAAUGCCACUGCUGAACCUGAGUUCACUACUGCUGGGCAUAAUGCUGAUGGUUCUUCUCAUUCUGAUUCUUCCGAUAUGUCUGAACAUACUUCCAUGAUUCCUGGGUUGUCCAUGGAUCAAUACAAUCAAUUGCUGGCUCUAUUACAACAGUCCCAUGUGUCAGAUACUUCUCCUCAGUCUAAUCUCAUUGCUUCUGCCAAUUUUGCUGGUACAUUACUAUCUGGUGAUCUGUUGAAUGUUGCUAGUUCUAGUUCAUGCAUGCUUUCUCAAACAAUUAAUCUAACUUGGAUAAUUGAUUAUGAGGCUACUGAUCACAUGACAUCUAAUAAAAAUUUUCUUACUAAUCUUACUCCUUUACCUGUUCCUUCUCUUGUGUCUUUACCUAAUGGAUACAAAGGCCUUUCUCUGAAGAAGCCUCUAGAUCUUGGUAAAUUAGACAGUGGUCUUUACAAGCUUGUUUGGAAAAGACCAUCUCAAUCUCAACUCUUUACAGAUUUACCAUUCAUGAAUAAUGCUAAUUCUUCAUUUGCUGUUCCUAGUUCUACAUUUACUUGUAAUUCUCCUGUUUCUAGUUCCAUCCAUGUUUCUCAUGUUUCUGCAUCAACUUGUAACUAUAGUUGUCCUAGCUUACCAAAUAUGUGCAUUGUUAUACCUAGUUGUAAUACCAUUGAAAUGAAUAAAAUGGAUGUUCUUUGGCAUCAAAGACUUGCUCAUGUUCCUUUUGUUAGAAUGAAAUUGAUUUCUGGCUUAUCUCAACUAUCAUCCAAACAACCUUUUAUUUGCAAUGUUUGUCCUAUGUCAAGGCAAACUAGGAUGCCUUUUCCAGAUAGCUCCAUUACUACUACCAAACCUUUCCAACUCAUACACAUUGAUACAUGUGGGCCUUUUCAUACAACUACAUAUUCUGGGGAUAAAUACUUCCUUACCAUUGUAGAUGAUUAUACAAGAGCUACUUGGACACAUCUAAUGGGGGCUAAAAGCAAUGCAUUUCCUUUGAUAAAAGCAUUCCUUGCAAUGGGACAAGUUAAAACCAAGGUUGCCCCAUGCAUCUUUCUUGGAUAUCCAUUUGCUAAGAAGGGUUACAAACUCUACAAUUUAACCAAUAAGAUAUGUCUCAUUUCUAGGGAUGUCAUAUUUCAUGAGCACUAUUGUCCUUUCUCUCAAUCCCAUCCUACAACCACUCCUAUUCCAUCUCCUUGUAUACAUGUUUCUGCCCCUUCUACUGCUUAUCCCGAAUCCUCUUAUUUUUCCCCCUCUCCAUCCUCCUCUUACUUUUUUGAUACUGCUAAUCCUUUAUCUCCCUCCUCUUCCUCUCCCCCUUCUAUUACUGCUGCUCCUUAUUCCUCUCCUACCUCUCCUCCUUCUAUUACUGUCACUCCUUCUUCCUCUCCUACCUCUCAUUCUUCUUCUAUUUCUCCUGCCCUUAUCUCUUCCACUCCUUCAUCUUCUGUUCCUUCUCCUCCUCUGAGAAGAUCCUCCAGGGACCAUCAUCUUCCCACCUAUCUUCAGGACUAUGCAACCUCCAUUCUUGCUUGGCAAGAUGUAAUGAGAAAGGAAUUUGAGGCUCUAGAUGCGAAUCACACUUGGGAUAUUGUAGAAUUACCUAAAGGCAAGAAAGCCAUUGGUUGCAAAUGA